CAGCAGGCCUGCUUGGAUUCACCGGGCCCCGGAACAAAAGUGACAUCCGUGCCGAUGAGUGGAAGACGGCUAUGAAAUGGUAGCCCGCUCCGUUUCACGGGCGGGUGGUACCAAAUUCAACCUUAAAUUCGUGUACCUACAUACCUUCCUUGCAUCCAAGAUGUAGUUUGCCGCCAUUUCGACGAUCCCGCCCGUCCAUGAAAGUUGGAUUUGGAUGAGUAUGACGAGUAGAGUGAUGAACGGGAAGGAAAAUCUUUUCUCCGAGCCUCGGCCCAAUUCCCAAAGGUUUCAACUCCACCAAUAGCCGAUAUGCCAUCGUAUCUUUAACUUCAGCAUUAUUCUUGCUCUCUUUCUCACUCAAUUCCCCCCUUAUAGCUCUUCAAUAUGGAUAUCUCAAGUCUCUUCAGCGUCAAGGACAAAGUGGUCCUCGUAACGGGUGGCGCGAAAGGCAUUGGACGAAUGAUAUCCGAGGGCUUUGUCCAGAACGGCGCAAAAGUUUAUAUAUCAUCAAGAGACAGGAAAGCUUGUGAAGAGGCUUGUAAAGAGCUUAAUGCGAUGGGGAAGGGGAAAGCGGAUUUCAUCAGCGCGGAUUUUUACAAAGAGGAGGAUGUUAAGAGGCUAGCUGAGGAGUUAGGACGGAGGGAGAAGAAGCUGGACAUCCUCGUUAAUAAUAGCGGUAGCAACUGGGGCGAAUCCUACGCAACCUACCCCUCCGCCGCCUGGUCGCGGGUCCUCACCUUAAACCUCCAACGGGUCUUCCAGCUUACGCAACUGGUAACGCCGCUCCUCGAGGCCGGCGCCUCCCGCGAAUCGCCCUCGCGCAUAAUAAACAUUGGCUCCGUCGACGGCCUCCGUGUCCCCGCCCUCGAAACCUUUGCCUAUAGCGCCAGCAAAGCCGGCCUUCACCAUUUGUCUCGCGUGCUCGCACACCAUCUCGGCCAGAGGAAUAUCACGAGUAAUACGCUGGCGUGUGGACCGUUUCAGAGUAAGAUGAUGAAGGCGACACUGGACAAGUUUAAGGAUGUUAUUGAGGGCGGGAUUCCAUUGGGCAGGAUUGGAACACCGGAGGAUGUGGCCGGGUGUUGUAUUUGGCUGGGGAGUAGGGCCGGGGCGUGGGUCAACGGAGCGACAAUUGCGUUGGAUGGGGGAACAGUUGUUAGUGCAAAGCUAUGAGCGUGAUGCAAUUGUAUGAUACUAUGCAUGGGUGCUGGUAUAGAAUGAGGGAAUGAGGGGUAGAGAUUAAAGUCAUGUGUAGGCUGGGGUAUCUAGUAUAUGAAUCGUUCCUUUGCUG